AGUCGGGUGUCGCUUCAUAACGAGCUGCCAAAAACAAAAAGCAUAUACAACGCGGUUCUGGAUUAUUACAGCCACACUGAAUACAAACCAAGCCCAGCCCAGAUCGAGCGCAACCGGUGGGUGUUUUUCGGGCUCCUGCGGUGUCAGCCUUGGAUGGCUAUUCCUGCUGGCAUUCUGAUCCAGUUCUGCUACGGUUCCGUCUACGCAUGGUCGAUUUUCAACGGCCCCAUUAACCAAACCUUGGCAGACAAUCCUGACAGAGGACGCGCAGAGGUAACGUUUUACAUUGCGCUCGGUAUAUUGGGCGUCACAGGCGCGAUAUUCGGGCCCUGGAUUGAAUCGAGCCACCCCCAGAAAUCGGGCAUCAUUGGCAUGGUGAUGUUUUUUGCCGGGCACAUAACGACUGCAUUGGCCAUCCAAGUGAAAAUGUUCUCCAUGCUAUACUUUGGAUACGGCUUUAUUGCUGGCAUCGGACUCGGAAUCGGAUAUGUAUCGACCAUCGAUGCCGUCAGCAAAUGGUGGCCAAAGGCGCGUGGCACGGCGGCUGGAUGCGCUGUGAUGGGGUUCGGUGGCGGGUCUCUUGCCUUCAGUUUCAUCAACAAGCGGCUCAUUGAUUCAUUCAGUCUUUCGUCGGCCUUCUUAAUCCUUGGUGCGAUUAAUAUCUCGGUCAUGUUCGUCUGCAUCCAAUUCAUCUGCCCGCCACCGCCUGGCCACAACAUCGACGGUAUCCCAGUCAUUGAAACAAAUAGCGAUGUCCAUCUCACGCUGGGCCGCUCAGCCAAGAACGAUAUUCCCGAUGGAUUGCUGACAGCAAAAGUUAUAAGCCAGCAGCCACGGUACAUGAAUGUUCUUGGUAGCGAGCGCCCAACAAUCCAUAUAUCCUUGGGCGAGGCCCUAAAAUCGCGUGAUUUCUGGCUCCUGUACGUGGCAUUUCUGGCCAACAUCGUUUUCUGCCUAGUGAUUCUGUCGAACCUGCCAGCGCUAAUCAACCGCCUGUUUGGACGCGAAAGCAAAACGCCGCAUGAUCCGCCUCUGGAAGCACACAUAGCCGUAUCGAUUGAGGGCGCCUUCAACAUGACUGGCCGUAUCUUGGUUGGCUUCAUAUCCGAUUUUAUCGGCCGCAAGACGACAUUCCUCAUUCUGCUCACUGUACAAAUUGUCGCACUUGUGUGCAUCCCAAUCACCAUCUCUGGCGACCACUUCUGGCUGUUCCUAAUAUUAAUUUGGAUCGCCACAAUUUGCUACGGCGGCGGGUUUGGCAUGAUUCCAGCAUUUCUGUCCGAUAUGUUUGGCUCCAGCAACACAAGCAGCUGCCACGGCGUGUUCCUGACUGCCUGGUCAAUUGCGUCGGUUGGCGGCGGCCUGACAUUCACAGGUAUUGUCAACUACUACUUGUCGGAGGGCUACAAGCCGUACGAUAUAAGGCCGUACAACGUGAAUUUCGCCUGGAUGAUGGCACUGGUAAUAGCCGGGUUCAUAUGCUGCCUAUUUGUGCGGUCGUCAAUCCGGGACCGCCUAUUCCCGGCAUUACCUGACCAGAUCCUGCGUAUCCGUAUCUUUGGCCGUGUGUUGCGUGUUUUGUGGGUGCGUGGCAACCACGUCGAUGAUACUUCAUCAAUAGCAGACUCAGUAUCAAUGAACCGUACAGUGCAGAGUACAAUUCCUCUGAGGCAUGGGUGGCGGCGUAAGCGUCUGCAUAUUGAGCUGCUGUCUAAGGAGCAGGAGAAGGUCGCGUGGGAGGAGUACCUGUUUUUGCGCGCGGUGCAGUACCAACUACUCAAGGAGCCAGACAAUGUCAUUCGAUAACUUUUAUCCCCAUUCCAUAUAUUCACUAGUUGCUAAUUUAUGUUUCUCUAUGAAUCAGUCUGCUUCCGACCUGUUCCAUUUGUAGAUCCAUGUGUCUUACCCUC